AUUUUCUUAAUGGGCGUGCUAAAAGUAAAUUGGACACUUAUUGUGAACCGGAGGGAGUACCGAUUAGGAUUGACUGAGGGCACUUUAUACGGGCAUUAUUCAUUGGCAGAAUAUUGUACAUGCAUUCUUGUAUAACAAGAUUCAAUAGUAUAUAUAAGGCAGUGGAAGCAGAAGCUUUUAAGAGGACACAGGGAAAGAACAAGUUGAGCAAAGCUACAAAUACUUAGUUUUACCAGUUUGUGGUGAAGUAACAAAAGAAUGGCUACUAAACCUGGCAUUCUCACAGACUGGCCAUGGGCACGCCUUGGAAACUUCAAGUACUUGCUUUUGGCACCAUUUGUGGGUCAUAGCAUAUACUCAUUCUUCAUGGGCAAAGAUGAAAGUCAGAGGGACAUUACAUACAUAGUUAUACUCCCAUAUCUACUCUGGAGAAUAGUUCACAACCAGAUGUGGAUAUCCCUAUCCCGCUACAGGACUGCCAAGGGUGAUAAUCGGAUUCUUGACAAGAGCAUUGAAUUUGAUCAAGUUGACAGAGAACGAAACUGGUAUGUACAUUCCGACCUCACCUACUCCACAGUAGUUAUGUGGUAAUAUUCAACCUUGCCUCCAAUUUCUUAGCAAGGAAGAUUUGAUUUUAUAACGAAUAAUUGAACCCCUGGUGGUCAUUAACGUAACACUCUGUAUAAAUUUUACAUCGGCAAAAAUACGAUAAAGAUGAUGCCUUGUAGGCUAGGAAGCUACAUAUGAUAUCAGAACCACUCAUACAACCUUAGGUGAUGGUUGGGCAACUCUCAACUGAAAGCUGAGUUUUAAGCAAAUCUCACAUUGUUAAGAGAGACGGUAGGGAAAAAUCUCAACGAAGUUUAGGUGUAUGUCACAUCUUACGACAAUGUUGAAUCUUUACGAAAGGUGGUGGAUGUAACACCCAAGUCAAAUCUCAUAUCCAAAAAAAAAAAAAAAAA